AUGCCGUGGUAUUACACAACAACCUUCGAAGUCACGGGAAACACGAUUGAUAUCAAUCACAGAGUUAUAUACAAUCUCUACCGGUUUCAAAUCCUCAGUAUAAAAGAGGAUGUGGCCGGCCUCACUCUGCAUGAUCUUGCCAACCACACAGGAUCCGAUGCAAGCCUCGAUCAGGCAAGAAGAUGGCUCGGAAAGUGCAUAGACAGCCAUCAGGACUGCGGAUCUGACAGAGACAUCACCUUUCGGCCUUCGCGGCUUCUAUACCUGGGCAGUUCAGACAUCCGCCUCCACACUAGCCAGGACUACCCCGAUGACCUCAGGUACAUGACUCUAAGUCACUGCUGGGGGCGCCUGCAGUCUACCAGGCUCCAACAGGGCAACCUCGACUUCUUUCGUCGCAACGCUAUACCGCAAGAGGCACUGCCAAAGACGUUUCGAGAUGCCAUCCGCCUCGCGCGUCAUCUCGGUGCAGACUACCUAUGGAUCGACCGCCUUUGCAUUAUCCAAGACUCGCUCGAAGACUGGCAAGCCGAGUCGGUCAUGAUGGGCGAGGUCUACCGAAACUCGCUUUGCAACAUCGCUGCUACGACGGCACUCGACAGUUCCGAAGGAUGUCUGUAUCCUCGGGACCCACGGAUGCUGCAGCCUACGCCUCUUGUGGACGGCUUCUACCUCUGCAAUCGCACCAGCCUGGAUCAUCCUUACCACCUGUACACAAGGGCAUGGGUGCUCCAGGAGAUCCUGCUCGCCCCGCGAACGCUCCACUGCGCCGACAGCCAGCUGUACUGGUCGUGUGACGGGAUGCGAGUGUCCGAGGAGUUCUCUGGCGGCUUCACCGGCUGGACUCCGUCGAUGUGCAACCACCCGUUCCACGGAUCAAGCAAGGGGUUCGUGGAGGAGACUCUACGGGCGAUGAUUGUGCAGAUGCGCACGGCGGACGAGGACCUCAUACCGUCGCGGCGCGGACCACGCCCCUUCACGCUCGUGGCCUACCUGCACACUCAGCCCUUUUGGAGCUCUGCGGUCAGGAUCUGGGGCCAGCUCGUGGACAUCUACACGCGCACGGAUCUCACCUUCGACACGGACCGGCCUAUGGCCAUUGCAGGCGCGGCGGACGCGUUCCGCCCAUACCUGGGAGACUACAGGUGA